AUGACAGCCUCAUCCUCAACUAGUUCCACCAGAUCCAGCUUCAGUGGGAGAAGUCGCAGUAACUCUACUUCGUCGGCACACCACUUAAAGCACUACGUAGAGCACAACUACCACGACCAUAUGCACGAUCCUAUCGUGGAAGAUACCACCGGUGGGGAACAAAAACGACGUGCCCAUCGUGGCGGUGUGGCAGUUCCCUUUCCAGAAAAGCUACAUUACAUGCUAAGCCGCGUAGAUGCCGAAGAUGUAUCGCACAUUGUCUCGUGGCAACCACAUGGACGUUGUUUCAUUGUCCACAAACCUCAACAAUUUGUAGAACAAGUGAUGCCAAGGUUCUUCAAGCAAACCAAGUUGACUUCCUUUCAGCGUCAGCUCAAUCUUUAUGGCUUUGUUCGACUUACAGCAGGAAUUGAUCGAGGAGGCUACUAUCACGAGCUAUUCCUUCGAGGACGAAUGGAUCUAUGUCGCAGCAUGUCGAGGACUCGUGUUAAGGGAAAUGGAAGCAAAGGAGCAUCUUCUCCAGAAACCGAGCCCAACUUUUACAAGAUGCCCCCGGCCUCUGAGAAUAGUCCUGAAGAGUUUGGUGGACCUUCGGUUGUGUCCGUUUCUGCUGAGAGUGCGGACGACUCCAGUCGAGACAGUCCCAACUCUGUGCCAAUCGAGGUGGAAGUCCCAUAUCAUGAUACUCUCACUUCCAUUGUCGAGGGUACUACUGAGCUCGGGGGGGCUAGCACACCAUCCAUGCCCCGGUCACCAUCACAAUCGAGCCUUCCUUUGGUUUCUCCUGUCAAUGAACACGGCAAACGAAUUAUCUCAACUCCAGGUCCCAUGAAUUUGACAAACUGCGUUCCCAUGCCAGUAGAUCUAUUUGAUUUUAGUGUGCAUUCGGGAGAUAUGCUACAUUUUGAGGGACUACCCUUUCACUACCUGGAAACCAAAGACGUGGAAGAAAGCCUCAUUUUGGAAGUUUAA